AAAAAAAAAAAAAAAAAAAAAAAAAAAAAAAAAAACUCUUUUAGUUUUAGUUAGCCUGGCAGCAGUUUGCCACGAUAAAAACCUCAGUCGCGAACCAUAUUAUCUAAGUUUUCUCCUUUUUCUUUUUCAGAUAAUUGUCGUCAUGGAAUCGCACGUAAGCCCACGAGGGCAAAGGAUUAUGAGGAUUACUGGUGCCAGCCCCUAUUGCAACUUCUCUAGCGUGAAACUGCCCCACGACGGGUCUGUGCGGGGCUGUAACUUCCUGCAACAAACAUUUGGCUGUCGCGACUGUCCAUCGUGCUCAGAUUAGGUCAUUUGCAGCCAGAUAAGAGUCUGUCAGGUACUUCAUUUGGGCAAGGACACGAAGCCAACCCAUAAACAAAAGAUUUCGAGGCCAUCAUGGCUUCAUUCACAGAGUAAUACUUCCCACCAGCCAGGCACAAAAGCUCACCACAACUCACCGGCAAAAGCAAAGAGCUAGCUUUAUUCGUGGUAACCUACUCACAAGGUACAACCAGCCAUGUCCCAACAAGACGCGGACGCGCCCGCGCCCGCACCCGCACCCGUUGGAAACACGCCCAACGUCCAGGACUUUGCCGUCUCAUUGGACUUUGACAACGCAGAAAAUCCGUCUCGCCCGUCCUCUUCCUCGAAAUCACACAAGAUUCCGCCACAACCCGUCAGCGCCCCCGAGUUACCGACCGAACCUGGACGAGUCCACUAUGAUAUUCAUAUCAACACGAAUGAGGCCGACGUUGUCCGCAAGGGCUCGGUCUUGGCCAGGUCAGACACGCAAUUAUCCUACUCGCCCAUGACGAUACGCCGUCGUGACCGCGCAAUGACGUUUCGCAACGUCGAGGACUUUGAGGAUUACGAACUGCGAACGGGUUGGCACCCUGGAGCCGAGCCGGGCGUCGAUCCGCGCAAACCCAACGGCGGCCAUGAUUCGAUGCCGAACCUUGAACACCCGUGUCAGAUUACAGUGGUGGACUUUUCGCAGUCGCAUAUGGAGCAGCAUCGUCUCGACAAUGCAAGUUUGGUGAGCUUCUUGGACAAACCGCAGCCCAAAUGGUCAAAGUGCCGUUGGAUCAACGUGAAUGGACUCAGUUGGGACGUCAUAUCUGCGCUGGGGAAGCACAAGAAUCUCCACAGGUUGGCUAUUGAAGAUAUCAUGAACACGCGUAACCGCACCAAAGCGGACUGGUAUGCGAACCAUGCUUUUAUUAUCCUCAGCCUGCAGAAGCUUGUGCAUAUCGAGGACAGUGACAGCGAAAGUUCCGACGACGACACGGAUAGUGAUGCGGGUGACACGGGCUCUAUAGGAAGCAAGAGAAAAUCCACAGUGCCCCAGAAGAUACGACGCUGGUGGUCUAACAAAGGGUCUAAAAGCGACGAAAAGAUUUCGUCCAUGAAGUCUAUGGAGAACGGACUCGGUCUUGGCGGUCCAGAGCUCAAGAAGCAGCAGACAGGAUUCUCGCAAAAGUCAGAGCCCAACACCCUUCGGACCUUGCAGCGAUACCAUGGUGCCAAUGAUGUUCGAAAUGACUUCAUGGAGAAGUUUUCCGUCCUAGCCGAGAGGAAGCUUGCAGUAAUGGCUGAGCAAGUGUCCCUCUUUAUGACUAAUGAUAAUACGAUAAUUUCAUUCUUUGAAUUCUCUGCCCAGCAGGUUGAAGAGCCCAUCCUGGUUCGUCUCAGCACAGCAGAUACUGUGUUACGACAGUCAUGCGACGCCUCGAUGAUCGGACAAGCUCUGCUGGAUGCAAUCAUUGACUUGGCAAUCCCACUCACGGGGAUAUAUGCCGAUGUGAUUGGGGAUCUGGAACUUGACGUGCUCACGAGGCCUAAUAUCACUCACACCAAGAAGCUCUACAUCACAAUCGGUGAGCUGAACAAGAUAGUCAGCUUUGUGAAUCCCAUAAUAUCCUUGAUCAACUCGCUGAAGGAUCACAAGUCUGAACUUCUUCAUGAGUUCGCCGCGACUGAUCUGCAAAACCCAUCGACCGGCGUUGUCAUCACUCCUCUUACCCACACGUACCUGGGUGACGUGCUCGAUCACGCCGUGCUCAUUGUCGAGACUCUACAGCAGCUACGAACUCAGGCCGACGGUAUGAUCGACCUAAUUUUUAAUACCAUCUCAGCUUAUCAGAAUGAGAGUCUGAAACAGUUGACAUUGAUGACUAUAAUAUUCCUUCCAUUGACCUUUAUCACUGGUUACUUUGGUAUGAAUUUUCAACCUUUUGAGGUCCUGCAGUACGAUGUUCAGUAUUUGCAUACUGACAAAUACUCUGUGGGCUUCAGUUGGAAAAUAGCUAUUCCCGCCGCUUUUGGGACCUGUCUGUUCGUUAUGAGGGACAUCAUCUGGGAAAGCCUCACAUCCCUCAAGAAUAAGCAUCUGGUGAUUCGGCUGAGGAAAGACAAAAAACAGCGACGAAGGGCGAGAAGAAAGACAAAAGCUUCAUAG